AUGGCCUGUACCGAGGACUCGCAGCAACCCCAGGCCACCACCACAGCCAUCGGCCAUCCUGGCCCCGGGGAACAUGACCUGGAGUGUCUGGUGUGCCGGGAGCCCUACAGCUGUGCCCGGUCGCCCAAGCUGCUGAGCUGCCAGCAUGCCUUCUGUGCCGUCUGCCUGAAGCUCCUGCUGUGUGUGCAAGCAGACACCUGGUCCAUCAGCUGCCCGCUGUGCCGCAAGCUCACCACUGUGCCUGGUGGCCUCAUCUGUAGCCUGCGCAGCCAGGAGGAAGUGGUGAGGUGGCUGGCCCAGCCGCGGCCAGAGGUACAGCUCUGUCCUCAGGGGCUGGCAGGUGUGGUUACCUCAUCCACGGCAGCUCUCCCCAGUUCUGUGGGAGAGGAUGGGUUGGACACAAUGAGUGCCAACCGCGUGGCAGCCCGGCGCCUGGCUGCACACCUGCUCCUGCUGGUCCUGCUCAUCUUCUUCAUUCUGCCCUUCAUCUACCCGGGCGUCAUCCGGUGGGUGCUGGCCCUCAUCAUUGGCCUGGCCCUGCUCAUGGCCGUGAUCUUCUGCUGCUACCCCCAUGGCCUGAGCAGCAGUUACAGGAUACUCCUCUGUGGAGAGCUGAAGCACAGCGAGAUUGCCUCCAUCGCCUGA